AUGAUCCCUGCGGGACGGAAGCCGCCACCGCAGGACGAGGGGCCGGCGGCGGUGCCCCACAGGCUGUCCCGGGUGCAGGGGUGCCGGGGAGCCUGGCCACGGCCCCGGGAGCUCGGCCCACGCCAGAGGGGGAAACUUGAAAGCAUCCGCGCAGGGUUCGCCUCCCUGUCCCUGUCCCCGGCCCUCCCGUCCGCGGAACCCCCGGCUGCCGCUGCCCGGAGCGGCCCGACGGGGCGGCGCGGAGCCGUAGCCCUUACCCUGGAGCCCCGCGGGCGUGGUCGGGCCGUCUCUGCUCCGCCGGUCCCGCCAGCCCCGGCCCGAGCGGGAUUGCGGUGGGCGCUGGACGGGGCGGGCCGGCACCGCUCGGACCGGGACCUGCCCCCUCCCCCCGCCAGAGAAGGCUCCCGCUCUCCCCACCGCCUCCACAGGGCAGCCCGAGGGUGCGUGGCCGGCGGGGCCGAGAGGACAUGGGGGGUUCGCCUGGGCUACGGCCCGGCUCAGCUUCCUCCCACUGGGGGAGCCCCGUUACUCACCGGGGGGAGCAGCGUGGGGCACCGCCGGCAGCCUCCCCCUCUGCCGGGGCCGCUCCGGCGGCGACUCGGCCCCGCUCCGGCCCCGCCGUCCUUGCGGCAGCAGCGGAAGGGCCCAGGCGGGCAGAGCCAGCCCCGCCGAGCCGCAGCUCUGCCCGGCUGCGCCGUACGAGCUCUGCUGCCCGCAGCAACCGAGCCCCCGGCCGCCGUGGCUGCUCGGUUUGAGAACUGUAACCACUAUAACGUGACUAAUAUCCCCUCCCAGGUCCAGGCAGAUGUUCAUGCCUGCUAUAAUUCUGCAGCUAAUGAGGCCUUCUGCCUUGAGAUCCUGGGCAGCCUGAGGCGGUGUCUGAGCCAGCAGGCGGAUGUUCGGCUCAUGUUAUACGAGGGUUUCUAUGACGUCCUUCGCAGGAACUCCCAGCUGGCCAGCUCUAUAAUGGAAACACUCUUGUCCCAGAUAAAGCAAUAUUACUUGCCCCAGCCAGACCUCCUGCCUCCAUUGAAACUUGAAGGAUGUAUUAUGGCUCAAGGAGAUCAAAUCUUUCUGCAAGAACCACUGGCCCAUCUGCUCUGCUGUAUCCAGCACUGUCUUGCCUGGUAUAAGAGCACCGUGCAUCUCUGCCAAAGAGCUGAAGAUGACGAUGAGGAGGAGGAUGUGGGAUUUGAGCAAAACUUUGAAGAGAUGUUAGAAUCUGUCACACGACGAAUGAUCAAGAGCGAGUUGGAAGACUUUGAACUGGAUAAAUCGGCAGAUUUUUCUCUGUCUUCUGGUGUCGGUGUAAAGAAUAACAUUUAUGCCAUUCAGGUGAUGGGAAUUUGUGAGGUCCUGAUUGAGUACAAUUUCAACAUAGGGAAUUUCAGCAAGAACAGGUUUGAGGAUGUCCUAGGCCUGUUCACAUGUUACAACAAGCUCUCUGAAAUCCUGAAGGAGAAAGCUGGAAAGAACAAAUCUAACUUGGCUAACAAAACUCCACGGAGCUUCCUGUCCAUGGGUUUUGUAUCUACUCUGCUCACAGCUCUGUUCAGGGACAAUGCCCAAAGCCACGAGGAGAGCCUGGCAGUCCUGCGCUCCAGUACGGAGUUCCUGCGCUAUGCUGUCAGUGUAGCUCUGCAGAAGGUGCAGCAGCUGGAGGAGACGGGACAAACGGAUGGACCAGAAGGACAGAAUCCUGACAAGAUGUUUCAGAACCUCUGCAAAGUCACGCAGUUUCUGCUUUGGAGGUACACUUCAAUUCCCAUUGUUGAAGAGUCAGGGAAGAAGAAGGGCAAAAGCAUUUCACUUCUGUGCUUGGAAGGUUUGCUGCGGAUCUUCAACACACCGUGCAGCAGCUUACCUUCUGCCAGGAUCCCCCAGUUUCUACAAGCCCUGGAUAUUACUGAUGGUGACGCAGAAGAAACGGAUAUUAAUGUCACAGAGAAAGCUGCCUUCCAGAUCCGACAGUUUCAGGUGAGUACCCACUCUGUGUUUCAGCAGGUUCUUGAAGAUGACUUCAACUCCAAGGAAACGCAAUCACUCAUCACAGUUCUCUCCAUGUCCAAACUCCUGGAUCCAGCCUCUCAGCAGGUACUUGACAGCUUCCUGGGUUCCUAUCGGUUCCUGACUUGGACAGUCAAAAUUUGCAAAGACAAUGCUCUAGAGGAUAUCUAUUGCUGCAAGGGUUUGCUGUCUUUGCUCUUCAGCCUCCAUGUUCAGUACAAGAGUCCUGUCGGUCUGCUGCUGGAGCUUGCAAAAGACAUCCAUGCUUGCGGGGAGGACAUAGAUCAGGACAUAGAACUGGAGGAGCGGUCCCACUUUGCUAUAGUGAAUGCCAAGACUGCAGCCCCUACUGUUUGUGGUGACUGCUGGUUCUGGUGUCAGGCAGAUAAAGUCCUUGAAGAGGUGGAUUGGCUUAUCAAGAGACUCACCAGUCUGGGAUCAGACAUGUCAGAAGAGUCUUCUCAAGCAUCAAACCAAACCCAGGCCCUGGAGAAAGGUUUGAAUUCUGCAGCUGGGACUCUGCUGACAGUGAUAUCAACGAGGUAGGUACAGACAGCACUGCCUGCAGGGAGCUGUGUGGACACGCUGCUGAGAACCAGCAAGACAUAUGCAAUUCUCACCUCCCUCAUCAAACAUGGGAGUGCUGCUGUGCUGACAGUGGGCUGCUUGCCGCAACAAUCAAAUACGAUUCCAGGAAGGCUGAAAAGCUGGUGAGUGAAGCUCUCAGGUUUCCCAUUGACCCCCCAAUGUACUCAUUCAUUAUUUGUACAGAACAUCCACAGUGAGAGUUUAAGCCUUGCAGAAGAGAAGAAAAAGAAGAAGGAAAGAGGCUGAUCUGCUGCAGUCUCCACAGUCAUGGCCAAGUUGCUUCGGGAGACCAAGCCCAUCCCAAACCUGAUUUUUGCAAUAGAGCAAUACGAGAAGUUCCUUAUCCACCUCUCCAAGAAAUCAAGGGUGAACUUGAUGCAAUAUAUGAAACUAAGCACCUCCAGGGACUUCCGCAUCAAUGCAUCCAUGCUAAACAGCACACUGCAGGAGCACAGCACAGAGGAUGUUGAAAAUGAGCCCAACAACGACCAGAGCAACACAGCAGAGCAGACAGAUGAGAACCAGGAACCCAAAAAGAAGAGACAGCGAAGAAAAUGAAGCUUGGGUUGCUGCUGCUGCCUCCUUCCACAGUGCCUGGUCUGGUCUUGGAGAACUGCUUGUAUGGAGAGGAUGGGUUAUUGUUUCUCUUGCCAAAUACUUACCACUUCUUCCUUCAUGGCUGUGCAAGCGUAACUGGCCCCUGUCUCAGGUUUUACAGCUGGCUGCUGCUCUUAGAAGUGCCUCUGCUCUUCCAAUGUGCUGCUAUCAACAUCAUCCUCCCCAGGAGCAUCCCUUCUUACAGCAAAAAACAAACAGGGUGACCAGGAUCAGUCCCUGCCAAAGAUCUCCUGAAGGCCAGCCAGGCUCUGGCACACAGGCUGGACACUUGUCAUUGUAGCUCUCUGCCGUCAUCACUUCUUCUCCAGGGAACCUUUGGUAAUUUCAAUUAGCUGAUAGAUAUCCAGAGCUUCUCCUGGAAGACAACAGGACAAUCAGUUCCCUGCAUGCUGCAGUACACUCAGAGCCUGUGUAACAUGACAGCGACCGUCACGAUGUGCUUUAGUUCAGUGCGUGUAGCACAAAAAGCUCCCAGUUUAUUCCAGUUUGUUUUGGCGGUGGUGUGAAAGCAGGAACCAGCACCAGUAGGAAGCUGGAACCACGAACAGUCCUGCCUUGGAGUGGAAAUUGCUGCUGUCACUUCUCCAGGAAGCAGAGAGGAGACAGCAUCCUCAGGCAAAGAAGUUUUUGCCGUUAGGUUUGUGUUGCCCCUUAUGUGAUGCACUUGUUUAAUUUGCCUUGUUCUUGGUGAGAAGUGCCCCUUUUUGCCCACAUACCACGAAUCCUGUUACCAAAAGCACCCUUUGCCUGUAAGGCUCCUAAUAAAGUUUACCUAAGGUGGAGUG